CCGCUGGCAGCGAUCAAGUGCGAAGGUGUCAGAUCCGCUAGAUUUAUAUUAUUUUGCCAUACAACUAUGUUUUCCAAACUGAGCACACGCGGCAUUGCCAGCCGCCUGGCUAGCGUGGCGCAGAGAACCCAGCCGAAAGAGUCGGCCGCCGUUGGCACGGAGAACAGCCGCUCGGAGGCGGUGUUUGCACGUGAGCAGAAAUACGGCGCACACAACUAUCAUCCGCUGCCCGUGGCGCUCAGCCGAGGCGAGGGCGUGCACGUGUGGGACGUGGAGGGCAAACGCUACUUUGACUAUCUCAGCGCCUAUUCGGCGGUCAAUCAGGGCCACUGUCAUCCCAAGAUUAUCAAGGCGCUGACGGAGCAGUCACAGAAACUAGCGCUGACGUCACGCGCAUUUUACUCGGACGUCCUGGGUGAAUACGAGGAAUUUAUUACAAAAUUCUUUGGCUAUGACAAAGUACUGCCCAUGAAUACCGGCGUGGAGGGCUGUGAGACGGCGUGCAAGUUGGCACGCAAGUGGGGAUACGUGGAGAAGCAGAUACCCGAGAAUAAGGCGAAGAUCAUCUUUGCACGCAACAACUUCUGGGGCCGCACGCUUGCCGCCAUCUCCGCCUCGAAUGACCCGAGCAGCUAUGCUGGCUUUGGACCGUAUAUGCCAGGAUUUGAGCUAAUCGACUACAAUAAUGUGACUGCUCUGGAGCAGGCUCUGCAGGAUCCCACUGUGUGCGCCUUUAUGGUGGAGCCCAUUCAGGGAGAAGCGGGCGUAGUUGUUCCAGACGAGGGCUAUCUGCGCAAGGUGCGCGAGCUGUGCACCAAGCACAAUGUGCUCUGGAUAGGGGACGAGGUGCAGACGGGUCUGGCGCGCACUGGACGCAUGCUGGCUGCAGACUACGAGGAAGUGCGACCCGAUAUACUAAUUUUGGGCAAAGCGCUCUCGGGCGGCGUGUAUCCCGUUUCGGCCGCGCUCGCCAAUGAUGAAGUAAUGCUCUGCAUUAAGCCAGGUGAGCACGGCUCCACUUAUGGUGGCAACCCGCUGGGCUGCCGUGUGGCCAUCGCAGCAUUAGAGGUGCUCCAGGAGGAGAAACUGGCAGAAAAUGCCUUCAAGAUGGGUCAACUACUGCGCACCGAACUCUCCAAGCUACCCAAGGAUGUCGUCACGGUAGUCAGGGGCAAGGGUCUGCUAAAUGCCAUUGUGAUUAAUCCCAAAUAUGAUGCCUGGGAUGUUUGCCUAAAGCUCAGGGACAACGGCUUGCUGGCCAAGCCCACACAUGGCGACAUCAUACGCUUUGCCCCGCCUCUGGUGAUCAGUGAGGCGCAAAUGCUGGAGAGCAUUGACAUCAUCAAGAAGACGAUUUUAUCCAUGUAGAAGUUUAAUCAAAUAGCAUUUAAUUACUCACAUACUAUAUAUAUAGCAUUUAACAAGUUUAUAUACUUACAAUUAUGUCUGAAAAGUCUGAAAAUACAAUAUGUCUCAUGUGCAAAUCUUAAA